AUGGAAGCCGACCAGCCUGCCAACAUGGAGGUCGAUAUGGAUGACAAGAACAACCCCAAUGACACGAAGGGUCCCAUCAUUCAGGGGUGCGAAGCCAGCAAGGCAAUGCGGCAAUCGUUCUCUGCCUUAAAAAAGGACAUGGGCGGGCUUGAGACGACGUCCGAAAGGAUCCGGAAAUACGUUGAUGCGCACCAGGUGUUCAUGGAAGACAUCAAUUCGAUGAACGAACGCAUCGUUGAAACUCAGAAAUUCUCCCUCGAUAUCAACGAAAAAUUGCGGGACGCCCUGGCAGAGAAAAGGGAGUCCUUAAAGGUUAAGACCCCACCAAGCAUGUCGUUCCCAGCGAGGCCUUUCUUCGCAUCGAGCGAGCAAAAACCGGUGGUCACCAAAAAGACUUUCAUCCUCGAGGCUACGCCCCAAACCAUCGGAAUUGUAGGUGCUACGUAUAACUACCUCGCCACUCAGAAAUCAAAGCUUCGUCAGAUAUACUAUGGCGCCCACCCUCACCGAUCGCUUCGACACUAUGCAACUCAGUGGCACGAGUACGAGAAAACCCAGGCAUCCCUCCGUCAGGACAAACGUAAGGGCAAAGAUCACAAGAAGAUAGCGGUUGGCAACAUCCUCGAUGGUACGGUCGUCCACGUGGGCGUUUCAAUCGGAGCCCGUCUGGACGGCAUGCUCAUCGUUACUUGCUAUCUGCCGAACAAUGAAGAUACCAUUGCGUAUGUCGAGCCCGUCAGCAGAGUUGCCUACGAGCGCGGAAGCUUGUCCGAGAACGACAUUGUCCUGUGGAUGACAGAGGAGAACUACAAGCUCCUCUUCGAGCUCAACCUAGGUGAUGCGGCAAGCAACACCCACUAG